AUGGGCAAGUUCAUGAAACCCUGGAAAGUGGUGCUGGUCCCGGCUGGAAGCCACUCUAGAUGCAAAGCCGUCAUCGUGACGAACAUUGAUGAUGACAUCUCAGACCGCCCUCACAGCCAUGCCCUGGUGGCCAGGAUUGACCGUUAUCCCCGAAAAGUGACAGCUGCCAUGGGCAAGAAGAAAAUCACCAACAGGUCAAAGAUCAAGUCCGUUGUGAAAGUUUCUAACUACAAUCACCUCAUACCUACCAGGUACUCUGUGGAUAUCCCCUUGGACAAGACUGCUGUCAGCAAGGAUGUCUUUAGAGACCCAGCCCUGAAAUGCAAGGCCAGGCGGGAGGCCAAGGUCAAGUUUGAGAAAGGAUACAAGACAAGGAAGAACAAAUGGCUUUUCCAGAAGCUUCGCUUUUAG